AUGUCUUUUGACAAGCACCAACCCUACCAACGAAGGUACACGCUCAACCACAGCGACUUCAAGUCUGGCUAUGGCGAAUGUCUGCAAAACGUUCCAAGUCUCUGCCCAAGAGGUGCGCGCAUAAAAGACGACACAUUUGUAUCAACCGACUUCUGGCACGAACCCCCAACUUCACGCAUCGCUCCACCUCCAGUCUGCCAUCCGUCGUUCCCAGCAGGGCCCGAUGCGAUGACUGAAAUCAAGGUCGAGCACGGUGCACAGCAGCAGGCACAAGCUGCUAUGGCCAUACGAGAACAAUCUCCUAUCAGCAUCGUCUCUUCGGUGGCACCUUCUCCUGCUGCAGACGCAGCGACUCAGGCCGAGACCGCUGCCACCACUCCCGAUGGAGACGUGGAGAUGACAAAUGGCAUACCAGCAAAAGGCGCCCUCGAAAGUGUCGGUAGUCGAAGCCGCGAUCUCAUUCAAGUCAUCCAGCGUCUCUCUUUGCUCGGAAUUAACGCAACACUACCAUCACUGCCCAAGUUCGUGGUUGUCGGGGAUCAGUCUGCUGGCAAAAGCUCAAUCAUCGAGGCAACAUGCGACAUCACAUUGCCUCGCAGCGAAGGCACUUGCACCAAAUGCCCGUUUCAAAUCACAACUACGGCACAGCAAGACCAAGCAGAGCCCUGGAAGUGUACCGUCAGUAUUCUUCGCAAAUACACAUACGGCACCCACUAUGUCGCUGGCAUGCACGGCGCAGAGUUCAACCGUUGGAGGGCGGACGCAGAGACUUCAUGUCUGCUCUUUGCGGUCAUUCAUGACAAGAAUGAGCUCGAGUCAACUCUACGCCGCGCCCAGUUGGCCGUGUUGAACCCAGACAAGGAUUACCACAUGUUCAAAGACCCGGCAACAGCAGCGCCAAUCAAAGAUACUGUUGGAUUCUCCCCGAACGUUAUCAGCCUCAAGAUCGAAGCAGCAAACUUACCAGAACUGUCUUUCUACGAUCUGCCUGGAGCGAUCAACUCCGUACCCGAUGAGUCUGAUGCCCAUCUUGUUAUAUUCAUCGAAAAGCUUCUGGAGAUUUACGUACGCGACGAGAAAGCCCUGAUACUGCUGGCUUGCGCCUCCAACCAAGACGUGGAGACGUCGACUUCGCUUCGGUUUCUCCGUAACUGGUCAGCCACGCGCCGAGCAAUGGGAGUCCUUACAAAGCCGGAUUUGGUGGACUUGACGCCGGCUCGGCUGGCGAACUUCGAGCGUAUCCUUCAAGGAAAGGACUUCGCAUUGGGCCACGGCUGGUUCAUUACACGCCAGCUCUCGCAGAAGCAGCUGAACCAGGCAUCCCACAUUACACAUGACCAAGCUCGGCAACAAGAAGCCGCAUUCUUCGCCGAAGAACCCUGGAGUGCUGGUGGCCUAGCUGCAUAUGCGAAUCGAUUCGGCAUCCCAUAUCUGCAGGACGCAAUCUCUACCCAGCUCACGAAUCACAUCUUAGCUGAGCUUCCCGAGAUCAGAGCCCCACCAGGAUUCGAAAUAGCCUGCCCACGGUCGAUCUGA